UUUCCUUUUUUAUUUUAUUUUUUGAAAAUAUCAGAAUGAUAUUUUAACCGCGUGAGUGGAACAAGAUUUCCACUUCUUUCAGCCAGAAAACAAAAUUAGGUUUUGGAGGUCAUUCGCUCGGUUUAGACCGACACAAGAUUUGUUAAUCUCAAAUGCUUGUUCGUAGUAGUGAGAUGGGAGUGUUAGAGAACGAAGGUGAAGAACCCAACAUGAAGAGAGCAAAUCCGAGUGAGAACAAUGAAGACAGGCUCAGUGAUUUGCCUGAUUGCGUUCUUAUUUACUUAAUGUCGUUUCUGCCAACCAAAGUAGCUAUUCAAACUUGCAUCUUGUCGAAGAGAUGGAAGGAUCUCUGGAAACGUCUUCCUACACUUAUAUUAGAUGACGUGCAGUUUUCAUCAAUGACCUUUUUCACCAAAUUUGUGCCUAAGGUUCUGUCUUUUCGUGAUGACUCUGUUCCACUCCACCAUCUUGAAUUCAAUUAUAAUGGCCGUGUUCGUCCCCAUCUUCUGAAAAGGGUUCUGAGAUAUGCUUUAUCUUAUGAUAUCCAGCAGUUAAAACUCACUUAUAAUUGUGAUCUUGAUUUGCCACCUUCCUUGUUUUUGUGUCAGACUUUAACAUCUCUUGAUCUCACAGUUUUUCACAGAUCUCAGUCAUUUCCCAAAUCUCUAAAUCUGACAGCUUUAACAAGUUUGCGGCUUUAUAACUUCACCUUUGGUGACAGUGAAUUGGUGGAGCCAUUUUCGUCAUGCAUUAAGUUGAAGACUUUGGUUAUUCACAGUUGUGCUAUACGGGAUACCCAAACCCUAUGCAUUUCAAAUGCUACACUUGUCAAUUUGACCAUAGAUGAUUACCAAGCUUACAAAAUUGUGCUAUCAACUCCCAAGCUUUGUUCUUUUGCUUUCUCGGGUGUUCCCAUUCAGCAUAUCUCUGCAAGCAAUCUUUCUUCUAUUAAAGAAGUAAAUAUUGAUGCUGAUGAAUGGGUGACAUUGGGUCACUCGCAAUCAGGUUUUAUCCUAUUUAGCUGGCUGCAACUAUUUGCUAACAUGAGAUCAUUGACACUCUGUUCAAGUACUCUUCGGGUUCUAUACUCAAUCCCAGAUUUGUUGAAUACUGAAGCCCCUUGCUUGGGUAACUUGAAGUCAUUGGUAGUGAAAGUGAAAGACAUAUUGCCUCCAUGUCAAAGGCGAGGAAGAUUUUACAAAUCAAAGAAAGCAGAAUUGAAACCUGUACCUGACGAAGUAGUGGAUUACUUGAUUCUAAACUCCCCAUUUGCGAAGAUUACUAUCCUAAAUUGCUGAAGGGCAUGUUGCUUGCAGUCAACUUCCGUUGUAAUUAGCUGCCUGCAAGUGCUUGCUAAUGUAAGAUCAUUGACGCUCUCUCCAUGUAAUCUUCAGGUGUCUUCGUUAAAAGGUUUUAAGCGUAUAAUUGUCGUUCUCGCUUAGAUGCAUUUUUGUGCCAAAUUGUUUACAGCUCAAUUUUGAUUAAAAAUACAAAAUUCUCGAGUUAACAUCUCUAAUUGAUGCCUCGUUGCGUAGGUUCUCUCCUUAGUCACAGAUUUACUGAAUAUUGAACCCCCUUGCUUGGGUAAUUUGAAGUCAUUGAUAGUGAAAGUGAAACCUCUAUCUCCCAAGCCAAGAAAAGCUGCCAAGUCAAGGAAAGCAGAAUUCAACACUUGUAACUGAUGGAGUAGUGGACUACUUGGUUCGAAACUCCCCUUUGGGUGAGGUUACAAACUUACAAUCGUAAAUUGUAAAGGUGCUAUGCACAUUUAAGUUUGACUUUUAAAAUAAAGAUUCAUAUUAUUGUUAUUUUUUUCUUGCUUUCUCUGUUUCACUUUUCCUCACCGUAUGUUUUAGUUGUUACAAU